GAUGGGGCAGUUGAUCCCCUAGAAAAGCAGAGGGCAUCCAUCGUCCUUAAUUAACUUUCUCUUGGAAAAGAGAAGAUAGAGCUAUGCUCUCUUGCCACUGAAAAGUACCCACCAAAACUUCCACUUCACUCGUUUCCUCCAUGGCUAGAAGAGAGAUUGAUGGUUGGUGAGACUAGCAAAGGAGUUAUAGAUUAAAGCAGGUUGUUUUGAAGUUUAAGCUACGUACUGGUAUGGAAUACGAUGAUGAGCAAAUCCAGCUUGCUCACUAUAUAUUUUUAGUCAAUCUGCCACCUGACGAAGUAUUGGUCAAAACCUCAAACAACUCUUGUACCAGGAAGUCAUUGUGGUCCUUAAGCCCUCGCUCAUUCGUAGAUGCUGAAGUUAUAACAGCGGUGGCCUGUCACUUGACUCUAGAAGAGUUGUGGACAAAUUCUACGGACGGAAAAGGAGUGUGCUAUCUGCCUGCUGAACUACAGGAACUAGUGAUUUCAUGUGGAAUAACACCCAAGAGGGCAUUAGACCUAUACAAAUCAAAAUUUAUUAGUCGAACCAUUAUGGUGAGCAAGGUAUGUGUUCCGAUGAGAGAUAAUGUCCAUUGGUAUUUGACUGACAUUAAGUUGGACAAGGAAGAAGUCCAUAUCUUGGAUUCACAACCAACUGAAGACCGCAAUUCCUUUCGACUACAAUCUGUUCAAACAAUGAUGAGAUUUAUACAAGCCUCGUGGAAGAUUCUCUAUCGUGAACAAGGUCCGGGAUUGUCGCCACCAAGGAUUGCGGAGUUUUCGUACACAAAUCCUUCAAAGGAUCAAGAACAACUACAUCGGUCUGACAGUGGAGUCUGAGUCUGCAUGUGGAUGUAUGACGCAAGCUGGGACUCCUCUUAUAUUUGGCCAUGCACUCAAGUGAGGAGGAUGCAGAUCGCUUUGUACCUUGUUCGAGAGCCCAUGAACUACAUAAGGCAUACGGUGCUCACGGAAGCAAGAACAGUUGCACCUCAAGUUGAAGCUGCAGUCGAAGAGUACAAGAAAGCCCAUGAAAGGAGGAAAAAGGAAAGAGAAGAGCACAAGGAAACCCAGUCAAAGAGGCCAAGGACAACCUGAUUUUGCUUUUUUUUUUCCAAGAUGAUGGACAACCAUGUUAUGUUUUGUUUUUC